CUAGGUACUGUGUUUUUGUCGCUCGGACAAUACGCCAAGGCUAGAGAGUAUCUCCAAAAGGCGCUUGUCAUCAGAACUGAAAUUGGUGACAGAGAAGGAGAGGCAACUGACUACGGAAAUCUUGGUAAUUUGUUUGAGUCGCUCGGGCAAUACGACAAAGCUGAAGAGUAUCUCCAAAGAGCGCUUGUCAUCAAAACUGAAAUUGGCGACAGAAAUGGGAAAGCAACAUGUUAUGGAAACCUAGGUACUGUGUUUCAGUCGCUCGGACAAUACGCCAAGGCUAGAGAGUAUCUCCAAAAGGCGCUUGUCAUCAGAACUGAAAUUGGUGACAGAAAAGGAGAGGCAACUGACUACGGUAACCUUGGUAUUGUGUUUAUGUCGCUCGGCCAAUACGACAAGGCUCAAGAGUAUCUCCAAAAGGCGCUUGUCAUCAGAACUGAAAUUGGUGACAGAAAAGGAGAGGCAACUGACUACGGAAAUCUUGGUAAUUUGUUUCAGUCGCUCGGGCAAUACGACAAAGCUGAAGAGUAUCUCCAAAGAGCUCUUGUCAUCAAAACUGAAAUUGGCGACAGAAAUGGGAAAGCAACAUGUUAUGGAAACCUAGGUACUGUGUUUCAGUCGCUCGGACAAUACGCCAAGGCUAGAGAGUAUCUCCAAAAGGCGCUUGUCAUCAGAACUGAAAUUGGUGACAGAGAAGGAGAGGCAGCUGACUGCGGUAACCUUGGUACUGUGUUUAUGUCGCUCGGCCAAUACGACAAGGCUCAAGAGUAUCUCCAAAAGGCGCUUGUGAUCAUAACUGAAAUUGGUGACAGAAAAGGAGAGGCAACUGAUUACGGAAAUCUUGGUACUUUAUUUGAGUUCCUCGGGCAAUACGACAAAGCUGAAGAGUAUCUUCAAAGAGCGCUUGUCAUCAAAACUGAAAUUGGCGACAGAAAUGGGAAAGCAACAUGUUAUGGAAACCUAGGAACUGUGUUUCAGUCGCUCGGACAAUACGCCAAGGCUAGAGAGUAUCUCCAAAAGGCGCUUGUCAUCAGAACUGAAAUUGGUGACAGAGAAGGAGAGGCAACUGACUACGGAAAUCUUGGUAAUUUGUUCCAGUCGCUCGGACAAUACGACAAAGCUGAAGAGUAUCUCCACAGAGCGCUUGUCAUCAAAACUGAAAUUGGCGACAGAAAUGGGAAAGCAGCAUGUUAUGGGAACCUAGGUACUGUGUUUCAGUCGCUCGGACAAUACACCAAGGCUAGAGAGCAUCUCCAAAAGGCGCUUGUCAUCAGAACUGAAAUUGGUGACAGAAAAGGAGAGGCAACUGACUACGGAAAUCUUGGUAAUUUGUUUAAGUCGCUCGGGCAAUACGACAAAGCUGAAGAGUAUCUUCAAAGAGCGCUUGUCAUCAAAACCGAAAUUGGCGACAAAAAUGGGAAAGCAACAUGUUAUGGAAACCUAGGUGCUGUGUUUCAGUCGCUCGGACAAUACGCCAAGGCUAGAGAGUAUCUCCAAAAGGCGCUUGUCAUCAGAACUGAAAUUGGUGACAGAAAAGGAGAGGCAACUGACUACGGAAAUCUUGGUAAUUUGUUUCAGUCACUCGGGCAAUACGACAAAGCUGAAGAGUAUCUCCAAAGAGCGCUUGUCAUCAAAACUGAAAUUGGCGACAGAAAUGGGAAAGCAACAUGUUAUGGAAACCUAGGUACUGUAUUUCAGUCCCUCGGACAAUACGCCAAGGCUAGAGAGUAUCUCCAAAAGGCGCUUGUCAUCAGAACUGAAAUUGGUGACAGAGAAGGAGAGGCAGCUGACUACGGUAACCUUGGUACUGUGUUUAUGUCGCUCAGUCAAUACGACAAGGCUCAAGAGUAUCUCCAAAAGGCGCUUGUGAUCAGAACUGAAAUUGGUGACAGAAAAGGAGAGGCAACUGACUACGGAAAUCUUGGUAAUUUGUUUCAGUCGCUCGGGCAAUACGACAAAGCUGAAGAGUAUCUUCAAAGAGCGCUUGUCAUCAAAACUGAAAUUGGCGACAGAAAUGGGAAAGCAACAUGUUAUGGAAACCUAGGUACUGUGUUUCAGUCGCUCGGACAAUACGCCAAGGCUAGAGAGUAUCUCCAAAAGGCGCUUCUCAUCAGAACUGAAAUUGGUGACAGAGAAGGAGAGGCAACUGACUACGGAAAUCUUGGUAAUGUGUUUCAGUCGCUCGGGCAAUACGACAAAGCUGAAGAGUAUCUCCAAAGAGCGUUUGUCAUCAAUACUGAAAUUGGCGACAGAAAUGGGAAAGCAGCAUGUUAUGGAAACCUAGGUACUGUGUUUCAUUCGCUCGGACAAUACGCCAAGGCUAGAGAGUAUUUCCAAAAGGCGCUUGUCAUCAGAACUGAAAUUGGUGACAGAGAAGGAGAGGCAACUGACCACGGAAAUCUUGGUAAUUUGUUUCAGUCGCUCGGGCAAUACGACAAAGCUGAAGAGUAUCUCCAAAGAGCGCUUGUCAUCAAAACCGAAAUUGGCGACAGAAAUGGGAAAGCAACAUGUUAUGGAAACCUAGGUACUGUGUUUCAGUCGCUCGGACAAUACGCCAAGGCUAGAGAGUAUCUCCAAAAGGCGCUUGUCCUCAGAACUGAAAUUGGUGACAGAGAAGGAGAGGCAACUGACUACGGAAAUCUUGGUAAUUUGUUUAAGUCGCUCGGGCAAUACGACAAAGCUGAAGAGUAUCUUCAAAGAGCGCUUGUCAUCAUAACUGAAAUUGGCAACAGAAAUGGGAAAGCAAGAUGUUAUGGAAACCUAGGUACUGUGUUUCAGUCGCUCGGACAAUACGCUAAGGCUAGAGAGUAUCUCCAAAAGGCGCUUGUCAUCAAAACUGAAAUUGGUGACAGAGAAGGAGAGGCAACUGACUACGGUAACCUUGGUACUGUGUUUAUGUCGCUCGGUCAAUACGACAAGGCUCAAGAGUAUCUCCAAAAGGCGCUUGUGAUCAGAACUGAAAUUGGUGACAGAAAAGGAGAGGCAACUGACUACGGAAAUCUUGGUACUUUAUUUGAGUUCCUCGGGCAAUACGACAAAGCUGAAGAGUAUCUUCAAAGAGCGCUUGUCAUCAAAACUGAAAUUGGCGACAGAAAUGGGAAAGCAACAUGUUAUGGAAACCUAGGUACUGUGUUUCAGUCGCUCGGACAAUACGCCAAGGCUAGAGAGUAUCUCCAAAAGGCGCUUGUCAUCAGAACUGAAAUUGGUGACAGAGAAGGAGAGGCAACUGACUACGGAAAUCUUGGUACUGUGUUUAUGUCGCUCGGCCAAUACGAGAAGGCUCAAGAGUAUCUCGAAAAGGCGCUUGUGAUCAGAACUGAAAUUGGUGACAGAAAAGGAGAGGCAACUGACUACGGAAAUCUUGGUAAUUUGUUUCAGUCGCUCGGGCAAUACGACAAAGCUGAAGAGUAUCUCCAAAGAGCGCUUGUCAUCAGAACUGAAAUUGGUGACAGAGGAGGAGAGGCAACUGACUACGGUAACCUUGGUACUGUGUUUAUGUCGCUCGGCCAAUACGACAAGGCUCAAGAGUAUCUCCAAAAGGCGCUUGUCAUCAGAACUGAAAUUGGGGACAGAAAAGGAGAGGCAACUGACUACGGAAAUCUUGGUACUGUGUUUAUGUCGCUCGGCCAAUACGAGAAGGCUCAAGAGUAUCUCCAAAAGGCGCUUGUCAUCAGAACUGAAAUUGGUGACAGAAAAGGAGAGGCAACUGACUACGGAAAUCUUGGUAAUUUGUUUGGGUUGCUCGGGCAAUACGACAAAGCUGAAGAGUAUCUCCAAAGAGCGCUUGUCAUCAGAACUGAAAUUGGCGACAGAAAUGGGAAAGCAACAUGUUAUGGAAACCUAGGUAAAGUGUUUCAGUCGCUCGGACAGUAUGACAAAGCUGAAGAGUAUCUCCAUAGAGGGAUUGUCAUCAGAACUGAAAUUGGCGACAGAAAAGGAGAGGCAUCAUGUUAUAGAAACCUAGGUACUGUGUUUCAGUCGCUCGGACAAUACGCCAAGGCUAGAGAGUAUCUCCAAAAAGCGUUUGUCAUCACAACCGAAAUUGAUGAUAAAGAAGGGAAAGUAGCAGAUCUUGCUAACUUUGGAUGUGUGUGUAGAGCUAUGGGAGAUUAUGAAGCCUCAGAAGUAUGCUUAGAGAAAGCUUUAUCGAUAUCCAGAGAUAUUGGAGAUAGAAGAAAAGAGUUCGAAAUCCUUCAAAGUUACGCCAUUUUGUAUUUAUCGCAAGAUAAAAAAAAAGAAUCCCGUUCGUGUCUUUAUCUCUGCAUUGAAAAGUAUGAGGAGCUGAGAUAUUUCUUAGGCGCCAAUGAUCAGUUCAAAACAUCAUUUCUGGAGCACUCAGGAAUAUUUCCCUACAAGCUGCUUUGUAGUUUGCUUUGUGACACCGGAAAUGCUCGGGAUGCUCUUUAUGUUGAGGAGUUGGGUCGAGCUAGAGGCCUAUCAGACUUAAUGGUAGAGAAGUACUCGGUUGGAACGCACAUCUCUGCUAAUCCGCAAUCUUGGUUUGGCGUUGAGAACAUUUUUAGAAAGAAAAAUAACUGUACUUGUCUGUACAUUUCUUAUUUUCAGAGUGAUCUGCGUUUGUGGAUCUUAAAGAAAAGUGGAGUCCUUCACUAUAGAAGAAUAUCAGUAGAAGAGAAUCUAGUUCAUGCUGGGUUGCCCAAAGAUUUGCGUUUGAGUAAAUUUUUGGAUGAUAAUUUCCGGAGUCUUGGUAUUUUGCCCACUAAAGAUUGUGAAGAUCGGUCUUUAAAUAUGGUUAAAUUGCAACCUCUCUCCCCCGCACAGAAGAGGUCAGCAAGAUUGCGACUCGUGGAGGACGACGAGGACGAGGAUGAGGAAGAGAAAGUGAUUUCAGGUCUAUUUUUGUGUUACAAAAUGUUUAUUGCUCCCGUUUAUGAUUUGCUUGAGGAGCCUGAAGUCAUUAUCGUUCCUGACCGCAGUUUGUACAAAGUUCCCUUUGCUGCACUGAGUGAAAAGGAGGGAGCCCAAUACCUCUCGGAGACUCAUAGAAUCCGUGUCAUUCCUUCUUUGGCAACACUAAAGAUUAUUCAAGAUAGCCCAGAGGACUAUCACAGCUACACUGGUGCCUUGAUAAUAGGCAACCCUAAGGUUAAUUGGCUGCCAUCAUUGCCAGGUGCAAGAAAGGAAGCGGAGAUGGUCGGACGACUGGUGGGUGUUCCGCCUCUGGUAGGAGAAGAAGCAACGAAGCAGGCGGUGCUUGAGCGGAUAAGUUCAGUGAGCCUGAUUCAUUUUGCUGCCCAUGGUGACGCCGAAAGGGGAGAAAUUGCCCUCUCCUCCAUCUCUAGUACUUCCAACAGGCGAAACGCUAUCUUACCACAUGAAGAUUACAUGUUGACGAUGGCUGAUGUAUCACGAGUGAAAGUCAGAGCUAAACUGGUGGUACUUAGCUGCUGUCACAGUGGAAGAGGUGACAUUAGAGCCGAGGGAGUUAUAGGAAUUGCCCGUGCGUUCUUAGGAUCUGGUGCUCGCUCGGUGUUGGUUGCGCUGUGGGCCAUUUCAGACUCAGCAACAGAGCAGCUGAUGAGUCGGUUCUACGAACACCUUGUAGAGGGAGAAAGUGCCAGUGAAUCCCUCCAUCAGGCCAUGAAGUGGAUGAGAAAAAGCAAUUCUACCAGUGUGUCUGAGUGGGCUUCGUUUACGCUGAUUGGAGAUGAUGUGAGACUCGGGUUUGGCAAGCAGAGGUAA